CCGAGUAAAGGUCCCGCUGUGGGAGAAUAGUUUUACCUGCAGAGACGCGCAUGCGCAGGACGAACGGGCCAGGUCCCGCCGUGGCAUCGAGGCACCGAACCCGCGCGCACACAGAAAAUGGCGGCUGCCGAACCGGUGAGAGCACGAGCAACUCCGAAUACCGUUCAUCAGUAGCGAUGAUGGAGGAAAUAACCACAAAUACGCAGGAUUCGGAAGAAGAGAAAAACAAUACUUCUACACAAGAAAUUGUGAGUCCUGAAGAUUACAUCAAACAUCCACUGCAAAACAGAUGGGCUUUGUGGUUCUUUAAAAAUGACAAAAGCAAAACUUGGCAAGCGAACCUGCGACUCAUCUCCAAAUUUGACACAGUCGAAGAUUUUUGGGCGCUGUACAAUCACAUUCAGUUGUCAAGUAACUUAAUGUCUGGGUGUGACUACUGUCUCUUCAAGGAUGGCAUUGAGCCCAUGUGGGAGGACGAGAGGAAUAAGAGAGGGGGGCGCUGGCUCAUCACUCUCUCCAAACAGCAGCGGCGUGCUGACUUGGACCGCUUCUGGCUCGAGACGCUCCUGUGUUUGGUGGGUGAGGCGUUUGAUGACCACAGUGAUGACGUGUGCGGUGCUGUUGUCAACGUUCGUGCAAAAGGAGACAAAAUCUCAAUCUGGACGACGGACUUUGAAAACAAAGAUGCCAUUGUACACAUAGGGCAGGUGUAUAAGGACAGAUUAGGAGUGCCACCAAAGGUCAUCAUUGGAUACCAGUCUCAUACAGACACCGCGACAAAGAGCGGCUCCACCACCAAGAACAAGUUUGUGGUCUGAGGAGAGGAUGUCCUCGCACUCUAACAUCUAAUGGAGCAGCUGCAGCAACAGUUCCGUUUCCAUGACGAACCAAAGCCAUGUCUGACCGAGAGAGACAGUCGGACGUCAGGUGUCGUGAUUGUGUUGCCAGAUCUGUUAUGGGAUGUAGAAAGUUCCCCUGUUGACAGUUGUUAUGGCAAAAACAAGCACGUUAAAAUGGUGUCUUACAGAGCUGUGCAGUGUAUAAAAGCAGAAAUAUCAUAUUCUUCGCUUUUUAUGUCAUUGUACUAUUGAGUGGUCUGUUGCUGCGUUAAAGGGCUGAGGGCCAAUCAGAGAGGCUGUUCUGAUUGUGGUUAUUUUGGCUUUUUAUGUUUCUGCAUUGUUUUAUGUUGAACUGCGAGCCUUAAUGGAAAAACUGCAGAAGUUGCAUCAUUCAUUUAUUUAGUUUGUCUUCUUUGUUCUCUUUAAUUUGUCUUAGAUUAAUAUUGAUUUGGCUGUUGGUAAAGCAUGGUGAACAUUCUCUUUUUUAAGUUUAAACAUUGUAUUAACUUGUAUUGCAGAUGGAGGAUACAUUUAGACCCAGUUUUACAUUGGUGUAACUUUGAUAUUCUGUUACUGUAUUGUGCUCCUGCCUGAUGUAACAAGUAAUCAUGUGAUCAAACUGAUCAGUUCACUAUGCACUUUGGAAGUUAGACUGGAAACGCUGAUGAGCUUAAGCAUUGUAAACACGUGUAUGUAAAUACAUUUGUACAACACGUUGUCUUAAACUUGUUCUAUAAACCCUGCUGCAUGAGUAAGAGUCA